GAGGUAUUAUGUAUUUUCCCUUAGCCUGAAUAGCUCCACCAAUAAGAGACCGUACACUUCAGACUGCGGUAUUUUCAACCAAUGAGAGCGCGAGAAAUUCUUGAAACCAACCAAUGAGAAGACAGGAUUUCCCUGGCACGGGAGGGUUUCAGCGCUCAUCCAAUAUUGGGAUCAUUAGUUGUCUGUAUUAGUGACGUGGAGGAUUAAGGGGCCUAAUUUAGGGCAUAUUUAGGUCUAGCUAGGCCAGAUUCAAAGGCUUAAUUUGAUAAUGAUGCUUGGCAGAGGGUUUUCUGAGGAAAGGGGUUUAUCCCUUGCUUGGGCGAGGGCGGGGGAGGGAAGAGAGGCGUGGCUGGACAGACAGGAGGAGGAGGAGGAGGAAGAGGAGGAGGGAAGGGCGUGUCAAAGAGAAGUUGAUUCUAGCAGACAGGGUGAAAACCAGUUCUCAAUUGAAUCUAUCCUGAGCAAGAACAAUAGUAUGAGUAUUGGUCGUGAACUUCCGGACAUCUUCCAUUCCAGUCAUAUAUCACAACACAACUUGUUCCGAGAUAUCAACCAAACCAACCCAAACUUCAGAGAUAUCAACCAAACCAACCCAAACUUCAGAGAAGUCAACCAAACCAAACCAAUCUUUAGUAACAUCAACAAAACCAAACCGAUCUUCAGAAAUAUCAACCAUUUUGAUAUGGUUGAGUGCGGACGAGGGCGAAGAUUAAAAUCUAAAAGAAUAAGAACAAUAUUUACCCCGGAGCAAUUAGAAAGGAUGGAGGAGGAAUUUCACAGACAGCAGUAUAUGGUUGGACCAGAGAGAUUGUAUCUUGCAUCUAGGCUUAACCUUACAGAGGCACAGGUUAAAGUUUGGUUCCAGAACAGACGGAUAAAAUGGAGAAAACAGAAUAUGCAACUUCAGAAAACCCAACUAGAAAAUCUAAGUGAAGACGACAGUGAACAGAUGCCGCAAACAAGUUUGAGUCGGAUUAACCCCAAUUUGCAUCAGCUGAAUGCCGCGCAACUCAAUAACGACUCUCCUGGCUUCCAGUUUGUAUUUUAAGAUUUAUUUAUUGUUUUAUAAAAUUAUUGUAGAUUUGAUUCCUAUUUAUUUGCAAUAAAGUCAAUUGUGCUCUUCAGAAAAAAGUUUUAAUUGAU